AUGCACUUUUGCAAAAACGUGAUAAAGCCUGGAGCUUCAAAACGCCUGUUAUCAGAAGAAGCCGGGGUGCCUUUUUUUUAUGUUUUAUCACUACAAACCAGGAAUUUUUUUUGUUUGCAGAUAAAUCAAAAUGAAGUGGAAGAUGCGCCUUUCUUUGAUAAGGCUCUUAUCACUCAUCUCGAAAGGCUUUCGUUGGUUCGUUUCAGUGAUGAGCAGGCCGUUUUCAAUCUAAAGCAAGCCGUACGUUAUGCUAAUCAGCUGAAAUUAGUGGACACGACGGGGAUUGAGCCACUCGAAACUCUGCUGGAAGAUGUACCUUGUCCGCUGCGUGAAGAUGUUGUCGCCGAUGUGUUGACCAAAGAAGAGGUCCUUAUGAAUGCUGCAAAAACAGUAGAAGAUUAUUUUGUUACACCUCCGGGUAAUAUUCCACUGGAAGAAUCAGAUAGGCUUGAUCUGGAAAAAGUUGAAGAUUGGGAUCGCAAAGCAAUGGAGAACCGAACUCGGUGA